UAAAGCUCUGUUGGUAUGUUAGUUACGAAUGUUUCUAAAGAAAAUGGCGUAAUUGAAUAUCUACAUGUAUCAAAAAUUAUGAAAACUUUCAAAGUUUUCAAUGAAAAUACAAUAUUGUAAAAAGGAAAAAAGUUAAUAUUUCAUAACAAGUUUUAAUACCUAAGUAAAUAUUAAUCUGUGAAAUGAAUUUGAUACAAAAUUCUAGUAUGACAAUUCUUUUCUGUGGUUAUAUGUUUUAAUGUUUGAUCUUCAAUAACGAAAAUGCCACUUCUUUUCAUCUACCAUUUGUCACAUGUUGUAUUAAUAUUAAUCACAUAGUUAUAUAAAGAAAUACUCAUGAUUUAUCUUGACAUUAAUUGAUGUUUUUUUGCGACAAGCACAAGAAUUAAUUUUACACCUACCAAAUAUGGAACAUUCUAGAAUAUUUUCAAAUAAUAUAGCUUCUACGAUAGAAGAAAUUAGGCCCUUUUUAGAACGUCAACCUGGCAUUUCAUUAAGUACAUUAUUAAAUAUUCAAAGAGUUCAAACUUCUAUAGACACUGUACCUCCUACAUCUGAUAAUUACAUCAUUGAUGUUGAAGAUCAGUCAAUAAAUAGUACAAAUUUGCAAGAUGUUUCAGUUCACGACAAUCAUCAUCAAACAACUGCAACAGACAAUUUUUUGAAUAAUAUUCGUGAGGCUGCAAACGAGGUUGUGAGUGAAAGCCAAAACAAUAAUAGUAAUGUUAUUAAUCAUAACAAUAAUAAUGAUGUAGAAGAAAAUUCAACAGAAUCAAUACGAAUUAGUCCACAAACACGUGCAUUGUAUCAAGGACUUAGAAAAUAUAUUCUUUUUGUUUGCAUUCUUCUUAUCAAAGGCCUCUAUGAUUACAGGGCUAGUAUAUUAAAUUUUAUAGUAUUAGUUGUUACAUUUAAUUAUACUAACAACGUUGUAAAACGUGAAAUUGCAAAACAAAACAAUAAAAGUUGGCUAUCACUUUUAAUUAUUACAUGUUAUAUUAUUGGAUGCAUAGUUUUUAUUUAUUUUGAAUAUGAUACACGUAUAUUUUCUCCAUAUUCACAACCUCUUACCAUUUGGGAACUAUUGUGGUCAGUUUUGAUAACAGAUUUUGUUUUAAAAUUGAUUACCAUUAUUUUUAAAGUUUUUUUAACAUGUUUACCUUCAAAACUUUUGGCUCUUCGAAAAAGGGGUAAAUAUUUUCUUGUAGUAGAAGCAACAUCUCAACUUUAUCGAUGUGUUGCACCUGUUCAACCAUGGUUAUAUUAUUUUUUUGAAAGUUAUCAAGGUACAGAAAAAAUAUUUGGAGUAUUACUUUCUCUAUUGUAUACAGUGAGCAAAGGAACUGAUAUAUUAUCCCGUCUAAAAUUAUUUCAAACUGCUAUUUGGAAAUUACUUCAAAAUGUGAAUUUAGGUGUAUCGCCAUCAAAAGAGCAAUUAGUAGCUUCAGGUGGAAUUUGCGCAAUUUGUCACGAUCAAUAUUCGAUGCCUGUAAGAUUACACUGCAAACAUAUUUUUUGUGAAACAUGUGUUUUAACGUGGUUGAAUCGAGAAUGUUCAUGCCCGUUAUGUCGAGCAGCAAUCACCGAUGAUCCUAUUUAUCGAGAUGGCCAUACAAGUCACUUCAUUCAGUUAUAUUGACUUUCAUUCUUUCAUAUAUAAUGUAUGAAAUUGUAUUUUUUCACUCCUAAUUGUACUUAUAAGAAUUUGUAUUAAGCUUUUCAUUUACAUAAAGCAAACACUUUUUAAAAAUUUUAUAACAAUGUUAUCUUUGUAUGAAUCAUUUAUCAGUUAUUUUGAUAUCUGUAAUAAAAAUAAUCUUCUAUAUUGAUUAUUUUAAAAAAAUUAUCGAGAUUAUAUAUAAAUUUAACAAAUGUAACAUAACUUGUAUAUAAGAAAUGAUAGAGUUAUUCUUUUUCUCAAAUACGAGAAUAAAUUUUAUAUUUUAAAAUGAUUUA